AUGCAUUUCUUCCUGCUGGUGCUGCACCCCGGGAGUCACCCGGGCUCGAGGCGAUCAGCGCCCCUGCGGCUGCGGCAGCCGCCCGUUUGCCCAGUGCUACGCCGACCUCCUCGCCGUGUGUUUCGUCGGUGCUGCUGCCGCCACGCGUGUUGCCUGCGCAACCCGCCCAAGAUCGUCCCGACGCUGCUGCUGCAGCUUCUCCCGCUCUCGGCCAGGAUCAUGUUCUACGUCUUCUUGCUCGUGCUGUACCCCUGGAGCUCCCGCCGUGCUCGAUACGGAGCGUGGCGCUCGGGCGGCGUAUCUUGGUGCCUCCAGCUACCUGGCUGCUCGCCGCGUGCCGGCGCCGCCGCUUGGCGCUCCUCCCGCUGUGGCGCCGGCCGUGGCCUUGCGCGCCUAGCCGCCGCCGCCGCUGUACGAUGUGAGCAGAUACGUCGUCGGCACACCGUGCGGGCAACUUGGUGA